AUGUCGAUCAACACGGUGAACAACGACGGGGUGAAACGGCCGUGGCUUGUGGAGUACAGAGGGUCGAAGUGCUAUAUUGUCUUCGUUGUCGUCUUUGCGAUAUUUACGGACAUAUUUCUUUACGGAAUUGUUGUGCCUGUCACUCCAACGGCACUGCGCGAAAGGGCAGGUGUAUUGGAACAGGAUGCGCAAAGAUGGACGUCGGUUUUGCUGGGUUUAUAUGGUGGCGGACUUCUAGCAUGUUCACCCCUCGCUGGCUAUCUAGCAGACAGAGUCCAGUGCCGUCGAUGGCCAUUACUCAUCGGUUUACUCGCCCUAGGCGCAUCGACAGCUUUCCUCUGCGUAGGAACACAUCUCGCAUUCUGGAUCGUGGGUCGUCUAUGCCAGGGCGCAUCCGCAGCAGUGGUCUGGACAGUCGGCCUCGCGCUUCUCGUUGACUCAGUUGAAAAGGACGAACUCGGAAAGGUUCUAGGCUUUGUCGGAACCGGCAUGACUUUGGGGAGCUUAGGUGGACCGCUACUCGGAGGUGCACUUUAUGAACAUGGCGGGUACUAUUCGGUUUUCGGCGUGGCAUUUGGGUUUAUCGCCAUCGACGUGGUGUUGCGGCUACUAAUGAUAGAGCGAAGGGAUGCCGCGAAAUGGCUUGACACCGAGGGAGAGGGGCGGUCAUCCGUCGAACCACUUGACACUGCACCGGAAAGUGAACCGAAAGAUAAAGCCUCUUCUGUUCAAAAGCCGCCACUUGAGGGAGGCGUUGCCAUUGAAGUGGCAGCGGAGACCGAGAAGGUCUGCAAGAAGAGGAAAUCGGCGUUGUACAACCUGUGCAGUUCAUGCCGCUUCAUCAUUACACUAUGGGCUUAUUUCGUUUGGGGUCUCAUUCUUACCUCCUGCGACAGCGUCCUUCCUCUCUUCGUUGAGGAGCUGUUCAGCUGGAAGCAGACAGCCCAAGGUCUCAUCUUCAUCCCGUUAACCUUCCCCAGCUUCUUUGACCCGAUAAUCGGUUGCUUCACUGACCGAUUUCCCUGGACCCGGCGGUACGUUGCUUGUGCUGCAUUCAUCGGGGCAGUUCCGGCCCUCGUUUGCCUCCGCUUCGUGCGAAACGAUACAACUCAUGAUAAGGUCAAACUAUGCGGGAUCCUGGUAUUACUAGGAACAUGUCUCGCCGCAAUGCUCGCCAUAAUCCUGGUGGAGGUCUCAUAUAUCGUCAAGGAGAAAGAGACAAAAAGACCUGCGGUUUGGGGUAAAGGCGGGAGUAUCGCGCUGGCAUAUGGGCUUCUAAAUUCCUCUUUCUCUGCUGGGAGUUUGGUUGGGCCGUUUCUUGCAGGAUGCCUUCGCGAGAAGGUUAGUUGGGGGACUAUGGGGUGGGUUCUGGCGCUGGUGUCGGGGAUAUCGGGUGUGCCUGCUUUUCUUUUCUUCGGUGGGUGUUUUCGAAAGAGGCAUGAAGUCGAGGCUAAUAAUUGA